AUGGUAGUUCUUAAAUCUUAUGGACCUUUUCCAGCUGAAAACUUUGUUAGUGUCAAGUUCAAAGGUUUUAGAGGAUCAAGUCGUUCCGAAGUGGAGUUCAGACUUGCAGAUUUGCUGUGCAUGAAUCCGAAUGACUGGAUCUCACUAUUUCUAAUUUUAUCUAAGGAUGAACAGAAGUACGAACCAAUGGUUGCUUACAUGAAAAGAAUACUGAUUUUCUGUAUUCAUGAAGUCGCAAAUAUGGAUAUAGAAGUUGCAGCUGUUAUAAAGAAAAAGCCAGUCGUGAAACCAGAACCUGAACUAAAGGACUUCCGAAAAGUAAAACUGGGGAAGAUCAAUAUAGAAAAUUGGAAUGUCUUGUACCAACGAAGGGAUGGAGAAAAGGUUGUGAAAAUCAUAUUUUUCUUGCUCGAUAAGAAUCUUUAUCCGACAGCUGCUCUGAACAAGAUUUUAGGUUUGGUUGAAGCUACCAAGUCAAGCAACGCUGAUGAUCUGAAGUGCUUCACUGACAUGCUCAAGUGGUAUCCCACAUUCCGAAAUACGCUUUUGAAUUGA